CUGAGCAGGAUGCCCUCUGACCUCCAGGAGUGUCACCUGACCUCCAGCUGUGGCUCCUACAUCAAAACCGAGCCCUCCUCCCCUUCCUCCUCAUUGGUUGACACCGUCAGUCACCACAGCCCCUCGGCCAAUAGCGACGCCAGCAGCGGCUACGUCAACGUAAACAACCUCAACGGACGCUCGCACGUCCUCGACUCCCAGCCCAUGUUCAACCCGGGCAUGCUGGGAGGGGGCGGAGCCUGUCUCCGGCGCUAUGACGACUGCGGAGUGGGCAUGACAGAUGAUUCACCGAUCAAGUGCGAGUAUAUGUUGAAUGCGAUUCCGAAAAGGCUGUGUCUGGUGUGUGGGGAUAUCGCAUCAGGUUACCACUAUGGGGUCGCCUCCUGUGAGGCCUGCAAAGCCUUCUUCAAAAGGACCAUACAAGGGAACAUAGAGUACAGCUGUCCGGCAACAAACGAGUGUGAGAUCACCAAGAGGAGACGCAAGUCCUGCCAGGCCUGUCGCUUCAUGAAGUGUCUCAAAGUAGGCAUGCUCAAAGAGGGUGUGCGUCUGGAUCGUGUGAGGGGUGGAAGACAGAAGUACAAGAGGAGAAUGGGGGACACGGAGAACGGGGCCUAUCUAGGCCUGACACUUCCUCCUCCUGCCAAAAAGCCAUUGACAAAGAUCGUGUCUCACCUGCUGGUGGUUGAACCAGAGAAGAUCUAUGCCAUGCCAGACCCGACCAUGCCAGACGGAGACAUCAAGGCCCUGACCACACUGUGUGACCUGGCUGACAGAGAACUGGUGGUCAUCAUCGGCUGGGCCAAACACAUCCCAGGAUUCUCCAGCCUGUCUCUGGCAGACCAGAUGAGUCUACUGCAGAGUGCCUGGAUGGAGAUCCUGGUCCUGAGCAUCGUGUUCCGCUCGUUGGCCUGUGAGGAGGAGCUGGUGUAUGCUGAGGACUAUGUGGUGGAUGAGGAGCACGCUCGUCUAUCUGGCCUGCUGGACCUACACGUUGCCAUCCUGCCUCUGGUCCGACGCUAUAAGAAGCUGAGCAUGAAGAAAGAGGAGUUUGUCACGCUCAAGGCCAUCGCCCUCGCUAACUCAGACUCCAUGCAUAUAGAGGAUGUAGAGGCUGUUCAGAGGCUCCAGGACUCUCUCCAUGAGGCAUUGCAGGACUUAGAAGGUGCCCACAACACGGAGGACCCUCGGCGGGCAGGAAAGCUGCUGAUGACCCUUCCCCUGCUCCGUCAGACCGCGGCCAAGGCCGUGCAGCACUUCUACAGCAUCAAGGUGCAGGGGAAAGUGCCCAUGCACAAACUCUUCCUGGAGAUGCUGGAGGCCAAGGCUUGA